AUGGGUCCACCUUUGACCACAUGGCCUUAUAGCCAUCCCAGAAUAAAAAGGGAGAGAGAAGAGGAACAGGAAGACAGUGUUGAAAGAGUGUUCAGUGAUACCGGACCAGUGAUACUCAGUCUGGAUUAUUUACAAGGUCCAGUGCCUCUAGCUAGAAAUAUAAGACACUUGCCAUGCAUAUCAAGACGAUCGGGCCAAGAAGGAAUGUGCAUGUUUGCCAUAGACUGCCUCAAAGCAAACGGCACUCAUUUAGGAACAUGCAUUGAUCGAUUUUAUUUUGGUUCAUGUUGCCAAGUUCCCGAUAAAACUGUGAUCCCACAGAUAGUUGAAAACAAUAUUGAUGAUAACUCAAUAGAGGGUGCAAAUUUCGUUCAUCCGCAGACUGAAGAUAAAGAUCAAAGCUUUGUAAAUAAAAUUCCAAGUAACAAAGAAAAAGAAGAUAUAGAGAAAAAGCCAUCUACGGAAAAAGUUACAGAAUACAGUACAGAAUCGCAUGUAUCUGAAACGGAUGUAUUAGAGACCAAGUCAGAUGAACAAACAACUCUCGAUAAUAAAAUUGAAAUCGAAGGUAUUAAAUCACCCACAACCUUUACUUCAAAUUUGGCUCAAAAACAAACUACAAAGAUAAAUUCACAGACUUCUGAUGUAACAGAAAUACCCAUGAAAUUUUCAACGUUCCAGACAGUAUCUGGAGGUAUUGGUAAUAUAGAAACAGAAAAAGUAAAGGAUAAUGCAACAGAAACUUUUGUUUCGACCACUCAAACAACCUCUAAACCAAUUACGCCAACCACUACAAUAGCUAUCACGAAGCCUUAUGUGUCUAGAAAACCAAUAAAACCCACAUAUAAGCCCAGGCCAACAUAUCGGCCUACAACUAAUUUUACAAAACCUCAAUACAGUCAAUAUGAAAAACCACGACCAACAAAACCUCUAUCAGUUUUUAACACAACCAGAAAACCUCCAUAUAAAACGCCACCAAAAAGGCAUUCAACUAAAAAACCUUUACCUUCACCGCCGAGAUUAAAUAUAACUAUAAUAGCUCAAUCAACCAGUACACGGCCACUUUUUACUAGACCUUCUGCACCUGCUAUAACUUAUAUUAACACAACCGUUUCAAAAACUGAAGAAGUCUCUACUACAACCACAACAACUCCUAGUACUACAACAACGAUGACUACUUCGACAGUUAAAACCACAGCUUUCCCAACUGAACAAGUACCAGAAGUUACUGAGACAACUGUUUCUGAAUCUUCACCAACAACAACUUCCUCGACUGAAGUUAUAAAAGAAAAAUCAACAGAGAAGGGUAUAAUUAUGACAACAGAGGCAUCCCAAGAUACUGUACCACCUGAACCAGAAAAAGAGGUGAUUUUAACCACAGAAACAAUAAUGGAAAAUGAUACUGUUAAACUGACCACCAGUUUUGAAACAACUACCGAAAUGGCAACGACUACGCCUGAGUUGGUAGCGUCAUCAGAAUUCCCACCUUUAGUGACCGGGUCAAGCACAUUAGAUGCGACAACUAAAACGCCUGAAGUUGUUUCUACGUCUUCCGAUGAAUUAUGGUCCCCAAUAACUCCACCGGAAGGUUGGGUACUAAUAUCUACAAUGCAGCCGAAGCCCGAGACAACAGCCUCAAGUCCAUCAACUACUUUAACAACAACCUCAACAGCAACUUCAAUAACAACUCCAACGGCAACCAAAUCAUCGCCAAUAACUACAAUAACAACCCCAACAACAACUACAGCAACUCCAACAACAACCAAAACAACCCCAAGGACAACCACUUCCACCACCACUACUACUAAAACAACAACAAAACCUACUCCUUCAACCACUACAACAACUACAGAACUAACAACUACAAUCAUCCAAGAAACUUCGCCUACACAAUCAGUUCUCUCAGAACUAACUUCACCCAUCACUCAAUCAACAACAACUCAGCAAACAACUGCGUACGUCUCCCCUAGUUUGUCUCAAUCACCAAUUAUAACAACUAUCCCGUCGACAACAGAACCAUCAACUACAAUAUCAACACCAACCUCAACGCCAGAAAUCUCAAAAGUGCCAGUACCUCCAUCUACAUCUGUGCCAAUAACUGAAGCACCAAUUGUGGAGUUUACUGUGAACGUGACAUUGUCACCAACUGUACCGAGCUCUACGUUGAGCGUGGCGGCAGAAAAUGCUACCACAACAGCUUCGCCAAGUUACGUUACAGACAGCACUACUUUUGAACCCUCUGAAAAUGAAACUACAACUUCGUCGCCAAAUGUGACGUCCUCGACAACGCUGAGCACCGACACAAUCAACAUGUCUGAUUAUAGAGAUGGUUAG